CGAGGAAAGUAAAAGUGAGAGCAAGAAGUUAAAGGACGCUCCAGCAACAUUUUAAAUCCAAAGUGUGGACUUACUUUGGAUUUUAUAACAGUGUGGACGGGGCAAAGCUAGAAAAGGACUACGCAAUAUGCAAGAACUGCUUUGCAAAAGUCCGCUACACAGGAAACACAACCAACAUGCACAGCCACCUCACGUGGCAUCACCCGGAGCUCUGUGAGAAAGCCGUGGUUGGUGCUGGCUCAAAGCCGACACACCCCCACGUAAACACCCUUUUCCAGGCAAAGCUACCACCUUGUUCUGCUAGGGCAAAGUCAAUCACAAAUGGGAUCGCUGUUUACAUGUGUAAAGGGCUCUGUCCGUACAGCGAGGUGGAGAACGAAGGGUUUUGCUUUUCAAUGAAUAUCUUAGAGCCACGCUUUGAUAUUCCCUCUUGGAAAUAUUUUGCUGAAAAAAUGAUUCCUGCACUUUAUGACCAGACCAGGGCUAAAGUUGAGUCAGCACUCGAGUCGGCAGAAAGAGUGGGGCUCACGUGUGACGGAAGGACAUCGAGAGCCACAGAUUCCUACAUAACGGUCACUGUACAUUUUAUAAACGAAGACUGGGAAAUUAAGUCAUAUGUCCUGCAAACCCGAGCAAUGCACGAAACGCACACUGGGACACACAUUGCCGAUGUACUGAAAGCCGCAGAGGGGGAGUGGAAUCUUGACGCUAAGAAGCCAGUGGUUGUCACCGAAAAUUCAUCAAACAUGCUUGUAGCAAUGGACUUAACAGGAUACCAACAUGUUAGAUGUUUUGCUCAUGUUUUAAAUCUUGCAUCCCAACGUGCGCUGAAAAUAGCUGCUGUUACCAAGGUACUUGUCAAAGUUAGGAGGAUCUCAACAUUCUUUCAUCGAAGCACAACUGGAGCAGAAGCACUGAAAAGAAACCAGAAACUCCUUGGCCUCCCCCUUCACAAGCUCAUCACGGACAUGCCUGUUCGUUGGAAUAGUGCCUAUGAGAUGAUCUCCAGGUUUCUUGAGCAACAGCCAGCUGUCUGUGCUGCCCUCUUAUCACCAGAGGUGAGAAAGAAUGUGACUGACUGUGCUCUGACAGAGAAUGACAUCUCAAGUGCUGAAGAGAUGGUGGAAGCAUUUAGACCAAUGCUUGUGGCAACAAAUAUCAUGUGUGAGGAAAAGAAUCCCACCAUUUCAGUGGUUGCUCCUCUUCAUGCCCAACUGCUGCGAGACACAACCAGCUCUAAAGAAGAUUCCCCUCUGGUUCGAGAGAUUAAGGGAGCCAUCAAUCAAGACCUUUCAAAGAGAUAUCAAUCAGAGGUGGAAAAAGAUCUCCUACGCAUGUCCUCAGCCCUGGACCCUAGAUUUAAAUCCCUUUUAUUUCUGUCACCUGAAGAAGUGCUAGACACUUAUGCAAAACUACAGUCAAAAGCUGCAGCUUUAAAAGAGGAUGAUCCAGUGCCUUGUGGUGAUGUUCAGGGGCAUUUAGAGGAAGAGGAGACCUGCACAGCAAAGAAAAGAAAGUCUGCACUUGUUGAUCUUCUUGGUCAGACCUUCAAGAAGACCUCUUAUGUCUCUACAUCAGCAACCUCAAUUGCAGAGAAGGAGAUAAAACAAUAUCAAGAUGCUCCUUCUCUGCCUCUCACUGAAGAUCCACUGUUGUGGUGGAAAUCUCAGCAACAUGUGUUCCCUCUCCUUUCCAAGCUGGCCCAUAUGCAUUUGUGUAUUCCUGGGACCAGUGUAGCAGCUGAGAGGGUCUUUUCAACUGCAGGAGAUAUCAUCAGUGCCCAAAGAAGUUCACUCACUCCUGAACAUGCUGACCAACUCCUCUUUCUCAAGAAAAAUAUGAACAUAUAAAACACAUCACAUGAAGCUGUUUUCUAUUUUGUUCUGAAAAAUGUUUAUUUUUGGAUGCACUUUAAGUUAGGUACAUUUUAGAUGUACUUUAUCCCUGAUAUAUUUAUUUUAUUUUUUAUUUGAAAGCAGUAGCCCAAAGGUUUAUGUUUCUUGCACUUAACAGUGUCACUGUUCAUGUUAAUGAAGGACAAUCAUAUAGUAUUGUUUACACUGAAUCUGUCUUCAGCCUUACAGCUAUUUUGCACCCAAAUGGUGUCACCGUUUGUCGAAGACAUAGUAUUACUACUGAUUGCAGCAAUGUUACACUAAAAUAGUGUCUGUGACUGUUUUGUUGCAACUAAGUCACAAGUUGUUUUUGUUAUUGUUUCAUCCAAAAAUAAAUGAAUGGAGACUCAUUUUACUAAUUAAAAAAAAAACUUUUUAUUUUUUAAAACAUGAUAUAUUGUGAGUUAUUACUGAUGAUAUAUUGAUUAUCGCCAUAUCGAGAUAUUAUCGUAUCGUGAGCAAUGUAUCGCGUAUCGUAUCGUGAAGUACCCAGUGAUUCCCA